AUCACACAUCAAUUGGAGUAACUUCAUAAUUACAAGUCCUAUUCGAGACAGAAAAGCAAUCAGCGGAAGGUUUGAACAGCUCGGCUCGUGAUGGAUCUAAUAAUAAAGGGAUUUAAUGGAGAAACGAAAUCUCUGUCUGUGGGCUACAACACCACAGUUGGUGAACUGAAGCAGCUCAUUUCACGGGACUUCAGUGUGCCACCUUCACAGCAGAAACUUUCUGCAAAUAACGGACACCGAAUCAGCCUUGAUGACGAUUCCAGAACACUCAGUAGUUACGGUUUGCACUCGGGGUCCGCGGUGAUGCUCCUCAUCAUUCCUCUUCAGGUUUUCGUCAAGAACGAGAAGGGCCAAACAAAAACAUACGAUGUCGACGUCAAUGAAACCGUAGAUCAGCUCCAGCAAAAGAUCAACAACAAAGAAAGUGUCCCUGUGGAUCAGCAGAGACUGAUUUACAACGGGAGACAACUGGAGUCUGGCAUGAAGCUACUGGAGUACAACAUCACAUCUGGAAGCACCAUUCACAUGACUCUGCGUCUCCGAGGAGGUUAAUGGAUAAAGUGUGACCAGGACUAACUGACUACAA